AGAAAAAGAAAAUUCUCUCUCCUUUCUUGAACAACGACCUCAAGGAUUAGGGUUUUUUUUCUUCUUCUUCUCUCUCCAGCGAUUUCGCUCGUCUUAUCCUAUUCGCUGUCCAAUCGGUGUCUAGGGGUUUCCUCGGAUACUUGGCAUGGAUGCUCGCAAGAGAGAACGUCAUGAGGCUGGUUCCUACAACUUCAAUGGCGGAUUCAAGAGGUCCAAGCAAGAGAUGGAAUCAUAUUCAACUGGUUUAGGAAGCAAAUCGAAGCCAUGCACAAAAUUUUUCAGCACCUCUGGGUGUCCUUUCGGUGAGAACUGCCACUUCUUGCACUAUGUUCCUGGUGGGUACAAUGUCGUAGCCCAGAUGACAAAUCUCGGUCCACCUGUUUCACAAGUCUCUAGAAACAUGCCCGGUUCUGGCGCAGGGCGAUAUCCCGGGAGAACGGAGCCUGCAACCGGCUCUGUUUUAAGUUUUGGUGCCUCUGCCACAGCAAAAAUAAGUGUUGACGCGUCUUUAGCUGGACCCAUCAUUGGAAAAGGAGGGAUUAAUUCCAAACAGAUAUGCCGUCAGACGGGGGCAAAGCUAUCGAUUAAGGAUCACGAGAGAGACCCGAACUUGAAGAACAUUGAGCUGGAAGGGACAUUUGAGCAGAUAAACGAAGCCAGCGCAAUGGUGAGAGAGCUCAUAGUAAGGGUUAGCUCAGCCGCCAAGAAACCCCCAGGUGGUGGUUUUGAAGGGAAACCCCAUCCAGGAAGCAACUACAAGACCAAGAUUUGUGAGAGAUUCUCUAAAGGGAACUGUACUUUCGGGGAUAGAUGUCACUUUGCACAUGGUGAAGCCGAGCUUCGUAAAUCAGGAGUCGCUUAGUAAGUUGUCUCGGGGGGGUUUCCACUCUGCCAGACACACCACAUGUUGAGAUUCCCCGUCGGGUGAUAGUAUCACCCGUUGUUUCGAGAAACUAAGCAUUCAGGCAUCAACACCGUCGUCAUCAUCAUUGUCUUUGUAAGUUUAGCAGGAGUCUUUUCGAGGAUAGAUGAAACUGUGGUAGUGGUAAGAUAUUUAGACAGAGCUCUUAGAAUGUGUUUAGAUUCAGACGUGCCUAUUAACUUGUGUUCUAAAGCUUAAACUUGAUUUGGAGUGUUUGGUUUGUGGAAUUGGCUAUUCUGCUUGUCUUUAUUAUAACCGUGACUUAACAGCAGAACAGAUUAUUGUAUUUGGUUAGUUUUCAAACGAGAAACUUCUUAUAAUUU